AUGUGGAACUACUCUGCGCCGCACUCGCUCCUACUGCAGUACGGCGACGACUACGCCAGGUGCGAGAGCUCUAGUUCAUCAGCAGGAUCCGUGGGCCUGGACAGGAUACUAGCAGCGGAGUAUGGCCGGUUCGACUCUCUGAACUUGUCGCCGCCACUCCACGGCCUUCAGGCGCAAACGCUUUUUGCUAUGCACGGUUCAGAGAACUGCCUAGGAAUAGGCGCGAAUCCGAUCUACAGCAGCGAGGCCCGGCCCGCGUUUUCGCAGCUCAGCUUCACCCAGCCAACUGCCGCUGCUGCUCACUGCUCGAUGAAAUGGACGGCAGCGGGGGAGACGGUGACCGGUGACGGCAGCCGUCUCAGGGGAUCAAAGAGGCUCAAGACAACGACGCCAGCGACAGCACAAGGUCCACAGCACGGCCAACGGUGCAAUCCGAAACCAACAAGAAAUCAGUCUAUGAUGAAGGCACCAUGUAAGAGGAGCCAGAAGCUAGGGGACAAAAUCACGGCGCUUCAGCAGCUCGUCUCCCCGUAUGGCAAGACCGAUACGGCAUCAGUGCUCCACGAGGCAGCUACCUGCAUCAAGCAUCUCCACGAGCAGAUCCAGAUUCUGACCGCCUCCUACCCUGAAUUUAGUUCUUCAGCGUCACAGCAGGACACGGGCGAGGAAGAUGGCAGUGCGAUGGAUCUGCGCAGGCGAGGCUUGUGCGUGGCGCCACUGUCCCCGGCUGUCGUGCAGCUCGUGUCUACUGAGGCCGCGCUCCGCCACCGCGACGCGGCCUUCACGGAGGAUCACUGGCGCUGCCUCGGCACUCUGUAG